UUUUUUAGCCUCUCAAAAAAUUUUUUUCCAGCAAUUUCAAUUCCAAGUAAAUCCCCAAAUUCGUCAAUGAUCGGUAUUUAUAUGCAAAAUGGGGCCCAAAUUGCUUCUAUAAAUGCGAGUAAUGCUUUAUAUCUUUUUUGGACAAAAUGUCUCAAAUUAAUUGUUAUAAAUAAUGUUGGGCGUGUAUUGCUUUAUGAUGCUUUGGGAAAAUUGUUAAAAACUUCAACUAUGGGAGAGGAAACUUUAUCAGUUGGUUUGUCUGAAGCAAAAAUAUUUUCAUACUCUAACGAGACUGGACUUGUCAUACUUAAUAAAUCCGGACAUUUUUUUGUUGUAAAUUCUGUCACUACACCUUUACUUUGGAGAAUUUUGAGUGAUUCAAAGAAUUUAACAUGUUGGACAGUCAUUACAAGUUGUAUUAAACCAACACGUGUUUUGUUAUGCUCUAAAAAUAGUUUUUUAAUUGGAGAGCAGGAAACGUGUUCCUUUCAACCUUGCAAUUUUCCAUGGGCUAAAACAGAAGGACAAUACAUAAAAAUGGAAUUGGACAAUGACCAAUGUCAAUUAUUACUUUUGCACGACUCAAAAUUAAUGCAAUUAAUUGACGUUGAGGUUGAUGAUUUUCAAUGUCUUAAACAAAUUAAUUUGGAAUUUAAUGGAGAAAUUGAACAAAUAUUUUGGUGUGGAAAAUCAUCUUUUGCAAUUGAACAAAAAUUAGAAUCUUCAAAUAAUUUGUCAAUUUAUUCAUUAGAAGGAACUUCUGAUUUAAAUCAAAUAGAAAAUAUGGAAAAUACUUUUAAUUCUACUUUUUCAUUUUCUUCUGAUGCUCGUUUUAACACUGAUAUUGAUGGAAUUAGAGUAUUUACUAGACGGUCUACUUCUUUACUUUUACCAAUCCAAGAUGCAUCAAAAUCUGUCCUAGGCUUGGGAAGUAAUGAACCUGGAGCUUUACUCUAUGGAUCUGCUGUAAAGUUGGAACAGAAAAGUCAUGCAUCUUAUGAAUUUAUUCGUUCAAUAAAUCCAGAGGAUAUGAAUAUAGCUGUAGAUCAAUGUUUAUCUGUUGCUGCACACCAUUUUGACUCAAAAUUACAAAAACAGCUUUUAAAGGCAGCUUCAAUAGGAAUGCGUAGAUGUCAAAGACCUUACGAUGCUGAUAAAUUUGUUCGUAUUUGUCGUCUUCUUCGUGUUUUAAAUGCUCUUCGACUUAUGGGAAUUCCUUUAACAUUUACUCAAUUAGAAGAACUUUCCCCAGCUUCAAUUGUUGAUCGUUUAGUUGUUUUGGGUCAUUGGCCUAUGGCUGUAAAGCUUUGUGAAUUUUUGGAAAUUAAUUCAAAAGAAGGUGUUUACAAAGUUAUUGCACAUUGGUGUUUGGCUAUGAUGACUACUUUUAAGGAACAAAAUAGAGAUUCUGAAAGUGCCAAUGCUCAUAAAAUUGCAGAACUUGCACAACGUUUAAUUUCCCGUUUACGCCAAUAUCCAGCCAUUAGCUAUGCGGGUACCUGAUUUAUUUAUUUUUUUAACUAUUAAUUUAAAGACGUUGCUGAAAUGGCAUCACGCCAAGGAUUGCCAUCAUUAGCUGAAAUUUUACUUGAUUUGGAGACAAAUGUAAGCAGACAAGUGACUGCAAUGCUAAAAUUAAAACAAUUGGAGAAGGCGUUACAAAGGGCGGGACAAAGUCAACAACCUGAUUUGAGUGAGGAUUUAAAUAAUACUCCUUUAUCUAGUAUUCGA